CACGUACUGAGACAUGUUGGUCCAUGGAAGGGUAAUCGCAGAAUAAUUGUAUCGUGUCACAUUGUGUUUGUUACAUUAUACUAUGGAUAACUCAACGUAUGUAUCGCCAAUACAAUCAAAGUGGAAAGAAGCAAAUUCUUUGGAUGUACAUUGUUCAAACGAUGACUUUGUAGACUCAUUUAUCAGAGCUGCACGUGUGUACAUAGAAAAACCACAGGUAGUGAACAGAAGGCUAUGUGGGGCUGUACAACUUGCUUCAUUUGAAAAACUAUCACAACUAAGAUUUGACAUCAGAGACAUUCUUUUUCAAAACAGAACAAUUAUAGCCGAGAAAUCAACACCAUUUCAAUUCAAGAACGAACUUUGGGCCGAUUGUGUGAAGAGUAAAUUGGCCCAGCCUCAUUCAGGUGCUCGUGAUCGCGAUGAUACCUCACACUUUGUUGCAUGUAUGACAAACGAAAUCAUACUACAGGAUUUGUUGCCAAGGAAUACUAACAAGUUUCCUGUAAUAAGACAGCUCGUUGUCUUAGACAGGUUGGGUUCCAGCUUGGUCGUUCUCCCUCUAUGGCAUUACAAGAAGGAAGGCAUUCAGUCCAGCAGUAGUGAGUGCCAGGAUCUUGUAUAUGAAGUAAAACUGUGUGUAGAAGAUGGAAAAUGUCAGUUAAAGCUGAAUGUGUGUGUGGAUCCAGACAUGCCUCCCAGUGACAGCAGUGAACAGUGGCUGUGUGAUGUCCUGCUACACAAGAUGGCUAAAUGGAUGGAGGACCCACCUCUUAGAAAACCCAACAUUUCAUCAUUACAACUUUUGCCAAUUGAUGCGUACAAUGAUUUGUACCAGCAUCUGAAGGAAAAAUAUGGGAGAGAACGAGUUGAGAAGUGGCCUGAAAGGACAGACCCCCAAAAAUUUGUCUUUGAAGAUGUAGCCAUUGCAACAUAUUUACUGGUCACCUGGGAAAGAGAACGUGUAGACCUGGGACUUGAGAAGAAGCAGUCUUUUGCAGAUCUUGGUUGUGGUAAUGGGCUAUUGGUACAUAUCUUGAGGCAAGAAGGGCACCCAGGUUUUGGGAUAGAUGUCAGGAAGAGGAACAUCUGGGAUAUGUAUGGAGAUAGCAUUGACCUCAGAGAAGCACCAAUCAUACCCUCAGAUACCAAUCUUUUUUCCAACACAGAUUGGCUUAUUGGUAACCAUAGUGAUGAGUUGACGCCAUGGAUACCAGUAAUGGCAGCAAGGUCCUCCUAUAACACCAGAUUUUUUGUGCUACCAUGUUGUCAUCAUGACUUUGACAGCAAGUUCAGUGGUAAGAAUGCAGGAGAGAGCCAGUAUAGGACCUACCUGGAUUUCAUCAAGACUGUAUGUGAAGUGUGUGGUUUUGACGUGUUAGAAGAUGCACUAAGAAUACCAUCCACUAAACGUAUAUGUCUGAUAGGGAAAAGCAGAAGUUACACACCAUCAGAAGAGGCAAUGGUAGAUCAGAGAAGAACUGAAUACAUAAAGUCCAGGUGCAAAAAUAUGGCCGACAACCACUGCCCAAUACAAUUGACAGGUCAUAGUCAUGAAACUCCAUUGGACUCUGAUAAUGAGCAUGCUGUCAGUGUUAAUAGGACAGGAGAUGGACAAUUACAGACUACAAAUACAAAUGAUAAAUUACAGACAAAUACGACUGAUAAAGCUUGGGCACACUCUUUUCAACCAAGGGCAAAAGUAGAGAAAGUUCGAAACUGUACCCAGUUGCCUCGUGAUCUGACAUCUGAGGUUGUCCAGAGGGUGUUUGAUGCUGUGCUGAAUGCAGAAGACACCGUUUUGAUGUGUACUGAAGAUGGUCGUAACUGGUGUAAAGGAGGCGUGGUCCCACUCUCCAAUAUUGUCAGUUUACUGGACAGUGACAUACUGAAGAGGCUUAAAAGUGAAUGUGGUGGAGUGCAAACACUGCUGAGAAAUCAUCAUAACAUCUUUCAAGUAAGUGGGGGAGCUGUAAGGCUCAGAUAUGAAGAUCAAGACAAAGACAAUUUACCAAAUAAUGUACCUCCACGUAAAAAACAGAAGAUCAAACAAAAUUACUUGAAACAAAAACCAGUGAAAACCAAAUUGUGUUGGUUUUAUGAUAAUCAUCCAGAUGGCUGCCCAAAGACGAGAGAACACUGCCAGUUUGCACAUGGUGCAGAAGACUUGAUUAAAGGAAACCAGCAUGAACAUAAUUGAGCUAUUUCAUUUUAAGUAUUGGUAAGAGGAAUUUCAGUGCUCUGUGUAGUAGAAUCCGUUUAUGCUUUGUACUUGAACAUACCAUCAUCAAGUACCUCUCUUCUACAGAGGAAUUGUUAAAGGAAAAGAAUAGUGCAGGUUACACAAUUAUUAUUGGAUAUUUGCAAUGUAUAAUUCUAUGUAAUAAAAAUAAUUCAGUUUGUCUGAAUGGUUACCCAUUUCUUUCAUUUAAUAAUUUUCAUUAUUAAAAAAAAACUUUUUUGUAGAGGUUUAUGUACUGUUGACUUUUGCUCUUCUGAAAUAUUACCACAUAACCCCUUUCUGUGCAGAAUACGACCUUCACUUACAUGAAAGAUACAUCCUCUGGUUUUAAACCAUUCAUGUACAGCCAAAACCAUGCAUG